UUUCUGUGGAAAGACCUACGGACAAAGACAUCUCUCCUUGGCAGAGUGAGCUAGGAUUACCAGCUCUUCAGCCGCAGCUGAAGGCAGGAGUCCAUGGAACCCCAGAAGCUGCUGAUAAUUGGAUUUCUGCUAUGCUCUCUAACUUGCCUCUUGUUGGAGACAGUAGCUUCCUCUCCUUCGCCUUUGUCUGCCUUGGGAAUACAAGAAAAAACAGGAUCGAAACCACGCUCAGGGGGUAAUCACAGGUCCCGGCUGAACAACUUCAGGGAUUACUUAUGGCAACUUAUCAAGAGUGCCUUACCUCCAGCAGCCAUUGUUGCUUUUCUUCUCACCUCAGCACUAAUGGGGAUCCUCUGCUGCUUCACCAUUCUUGUAGUUGAUCCAGUCCACUGAAGAACUAGAAGAUUCAAUAGGGC